AUGGAGCACCUGGGCCCGCACCAUCUCCACCCGGGCCAUGCGGAGCCCAUCAGCUUCGGCAUCGACCAGAUUCUCAACAGUCCGGACCAAGGCGGCUGCAUGGGGCCCGCCUCGCGCCUCCAGGACGGAGAAUACGGCCUUGGCUGUUUGGUUGGAGGCGCCUACGCUUACGGCGGCGGGGGCCCCGCGGCCGGGGCGGGGGCCGGGGGCGCGGGGGCCUAUGGUGCUGGCGGUCCGAGCGGCCCUGGUGGCCCGGCGAGCGGCGGCGGCGGCGGCGCCUGCAGCAUGGGCCCGCUGGCUGGCUCCUACAACGUGAACAUGGCCUUGGCGGGCGGCCCCGGUCCCGGCGGCGGCGGGGGCGGCGGCGGCAGCGGCGGCGGCGGCGGGGGGGCCCUGACCGCUGCGGGAGUGAUCCGGGUGCCGGCGCACAGGCCGCUAGCGGGAGCGGUGGCCCACCCUCAGCCUCUGGCUACUGGCUUACCCACCGUGCCCUCCGUGCCUGCGGUGCCGGGUGUCAACAACCUCACCGGCCUCACCUUUCCCUGGAUGGAGAGUAACCGCAGAUACACAAAGGACAGGUUCACAGGUCACCCCUAUCAGAACCGGACGCCCCCCAAGAAGAAGAAGCCGCGCACGUCCUUUACGCGCCUGCAGAUCUGCGAGCUGGAAAAGCGCUUCCACCGCCAGAAGUACCUGGCCUCGGCCGAGCGCGCCGCCCUUGCCAAGGCGCUCAAAAUGACCGACGCGCAGGUCAAAACCUGGUUCCAGAACCGGCGGACGAAGUGGAGGCGGCAGACCGCCGAGGAGCGGGAGGCAGAGAGGCAGCAGGCGAACCGCAUCCUCCUGCAGCUGCAGCAAGAGGCCUUCCAGAAGAGUCUGGCGCAGCCCUUGCCCGCCGACCCGCUGUGUGUGCACAACUCUUCGCUCUUCGCCCUGCAAAACCUGCAGCCGUGGUCCGACGACUCCACCAAGAUCACCAGCGUCACGUCGGUGGCUUCAGCCUGCGAGUGA